UUUUGAACGAAUUUCAUUGUUUUCAUUUGUAUCGUGAUACGUGAGUUGUAUAUGAGGAUUGAGAGGUAGAACUGGAAGUUGUAAGCGUUCUACCUUUUUAUUGUCUUAUCCUCUUAACAGUUUUUAAGAAACUUAUUGUAUACUGUUUACAAGAAAACGAAAUUAGAAUAAUUAAUAAGCUAUGUGUUAUGUUAUUAUAACCGGCCGCAGUCUAGCAUGGCUGCUGAUAAGUUUGGCUGCUUUUAUGCUAAUUUUGACCGGUGUUAUGACGCCUAAAUGGUUGCUCGGCCAGCCAAACAUAGUGAAUGAAAACAAUAUUACCAGUUUUUAUGUUCCCAGUGUUGGUAUCUACAAUAGAUGUAUACGUACAGAACAUGACCGAAACCAUUGUGCUCCAUUCUCACUCUAUGGACUUGCAACCGAUUCAUAUGUGUAUCCUACUCCUUGGAAGGCAGCAAUGUUUUUUUUAUCCUUUUGUGCAGCUAUCCAGUUUUCUACAGUACUUGCAGGAGUUUUGGCAUGCUGUGUCCAAUCUGUAUUUAAAAAGAGUGUAAUAUCACUUGCAGGUGCCACUCAGGCAUUGGGAGGUUUGUUUGGUGUGCUGGGUAUACUGCUUUAUCCUUGGGGUUGGGGUGCUGCCCGAGUAAAGCGGCUUUGUGGUGAAUACUCUGAGCCUUACAUACCUGGGGACUGUUCUAUUGGUUGGGCCCUAUACAUGACAAUACUCGGAGUGGGUCUAGUGUUUUUGGCAAGUGCUUUAUCAAAGAUAGCGGAUAAAGCGGCUAAUUCUGACAAAGUCCAGUUUAAAAUGGAUGAAGGGAAACAGCUGAUUUGCCUAGCAUGAUACCUAUAAGGUACUGGUGAAAAUAGAAAUACGGUUGGAAAGGCUUUUGGUGGUAAUUAGUACUGGAACCAGUGUUAGUUUGACUCUUUUCACAUUUAUGAGAAAUCUAUGAAGUAUCAUUGUUGAAUCACCCUUGUGGUUCCUACAUUACUCUUUCAAACUUAUUUAUCUAAUAGGUAACGGACUGUUACAUUCAUUAUGUUGUCUUAAAUUGUUUCAAUACAGUGGAAUCUCGAUAGCUCUAAUGUCAAUGGAAAUGCAAAAAAAAACGAGUUAACGAGUUUUCGACUUGAGAACUUCGAAAUACAUAUGAUUUAACUGCUGAAAUUUCGAUGAAGUAUGGUAUGACAUAUAUCACAAGCUAAAUAAUUGACCAGGAAUAGGAAAAUAAUAAUAAGAGAGAUCUCAGAAAUCAUAUAAUCAUGAAAAUACAAAAUUUAAGUAAAAGGUUUCACAAAUAAAUCAAUAAAUAAUAAUGAUUGAAUUUAUAUAGUAAGCAAUGAGCUGAAAAUGUUAAAGUGUCAUUUAAACUAUUUUUUUUUUAAUUUUUCUUAGAGCUGUGAAAUGGAUAAUAUAAUUAUUAUACCAUGCUGAUUGGCAAAUAGUGGGUUGUUGUUUUGAAUCAAACUGAGCAUAUGACUGCAUAUCAUUUGUCUUUAAAGACCGGCAACACACUCGUGAGCCUUCUGACAGUUCGCAUUUAAAUAAAAAUAGUAAUCUAUGGCCAAAAUAUACUUUUAUAGCCACUUAUAGCCGUGUUGUGUUACCUUUGUGAGAAGCGUACCAACAAUUGAAUACGUCUAUAGUUCCUACAGUUUCUAUAAUUCACAAAUGGUGCUGUUACCAGGUGCAUUUAUACUUCUUUUCAUUCUAGAAUACUCAUCACAUUUUUGUGAACAUUAGUGUAAGAUUAUAAUCUAUUGCAUUGUCACAUUAACCCCUUUAUUUAUUACUCUUGCAUCUCUUGCUAUUAAAUUGUUUUUACCUUGUGACAAAAAGAGACAUAACUUUAGUUAAAAAUUUUGUAAAUAAGGGGGUCCUUCCGUUUAACAUAUCCUAUAUUAUGAUUACUUCGGAUAUUACUUCUAUUUGACAAUUGACAUUUAGAGUAUGCAGUGACAGAUGUCUAUUGUCAUUUUAUUUAUUUAUAAAGUUUUUGAUGCUCAAAAGUGAUUUGAUAUUUUUUUUCUAGCUAUUGCUAAUUUUUGUACAUCACAUGUUUAUAUGUUACACAACCAUUGUUAUACCUAUAUAUUUUGUAUUCUAAACGUUUUAUCAAAGGAGAAAUAGUUCAAUGUCGUGUCUCGUACAUUAUGACUCGAAUAUACAGACUGAUUAAUGGCUUCCAUAUAUAUUUUUUAUACGAAAAUAUUUCUGUAAUGCCUUAGUAUACAAAUCUACCAACAUCAAUAUUUAUAAACAAGAGUUUUGUUUAAAUAUUUUCUUGCAAAACUUAUAUUUGUAUAAACUAUUUAUUAGUGAUAAAGUGCUAAUUUUUAUUAUAAUAUAAGAAGACUUUUAAGACAAAAUUUAAAAUGAAUAAUUAUAGAUUUUGUUAUUUUAAAUCAUAUUUAAAUUUGCAUACAUAUUUAACUUAAAAUUUAUGUAGUUGGCUAUUGUAAACGGAAAAAGUCUUUGUUAUUUGAUUUAAAAAACAAUAUGUAUUCAAUUUUACAUUAGUCCUCUUCGUAUUCGAAUAUCAUGGACACCUUAUAUAAUUUUAAAUGUUUUAUCAUUUAUAAUAUGAUAAUAAUUAUUUUUUUAAAUAAUUGGAACAUUUUGUAAUUAAUCAGGAUCUAAAUGUGCCAUUAUAAGUAUUUUUAAUUCAGGAGAUUUAAGGGUAAGAUUCAGAAACGAGACUUGUGAUGAAUUGUGACUCUUAUGUCAAAUCCAAUUUCUUUUUGAUGCACUGGAGUCAGAGCUGUCUCAUUACUGAAUGUUACUCUUCAUAAUCUUCAAGUUUCAUAGUAGGA